UUGCAGCAGUAUCUCUGCCCUCUUCAGUACUGUAUACGAUAAUGCAACUUUUUAUUUCCUUCUGAGGGCUCUCCUGUGCUUGUCCACCUCUGAGUAGGGGAGGAAGGAUGCGACCUGAACUUGAGGGAGGUAUGGGACUGGAGAAAAUGCCCAAGUCGCACAUGAAGCCCAGGUGCGACCGUUUUCUUUGGGGGACACACAGACAGCGUGAUCCUCCCUGGCCUUUGUGGCCGUCUCCUUAUGCCACAGAGAAGGGGCGCCUACCCAUGGCUUGCACGGGAGAGGACCGAACACCGGCGAGGAGAGCGAGCUCCUGGACACCCUGCUUACCGAGUAUGGGAAGAGCACCAGGACGUCCGGUGUGGUGGUGGCAGCGAGCAGCAAAAGCAGCAAGAGCUCGUUUUGAUUCCUCCCCUUCCAAGGUGCUUUGGAGAGACUGGUUUCAGGCUGAGCAGCAGAAGUCACGAUGAGUGCACAAGGAACCAACUGGUGAACCAUCUCCUAAAAGACCAAGAGGAAGACCCAAAGGAAGCAAAAACAAGAGUCCCUCUAAAGCAGCUCAGAAGGGAGCAGAAGCCACUGGUGAAAAGCGACCCAGAGGCCGGCCCAGAAAAUGGCCUCAACAAGUGGUUCAAAAGAAGCCUGGUCAGGAAGAGACUGAAGAAACGUCCUCACAAGAGUCUGCAGAGGAAGACUAGGACACCGCACCAUGCAAUUUCUACCUCAUCAGCAAUCUUUUGAAGGGAGAAGACACUGCCUUGACCACUUACUUUCUAUUGCCAUGAUCUUUCCACUUUUGCCUAAUGGGGGGGUUGGGGGGGGCGAGGGGAAUCACAUAACCUUAAAAAGGAUUUGACUAAUCAUCUUUGUAAUCCCUUCACAGUCCCAGGUUUAGUGAAAAACUGCUGUAACACAAAGGGGACACAGAUUAACGAUGCAACUUUUAAUUACUGUUUUCUUUUUUCCUAUUAAUAGUUUGAGUUGCUAAGUAAGGGUGAAUGGGUCCAGAAGAGCUCCAAAUCAGGUUUAUGUCAUUCACUGCACUACAUAUAAACAAUAAACUUUUAACAUAGUCAUUAUAAUGGGCAUUGAAAUAGGAAAGGCUGGGUGUUGUAACACUUAUGCCUUGUGACACUUCCAGGCAACCCACUCCCUACUUAGCGAACUCCCUGUUUUAGAUCACCAAAGAUAAGGGAUAGAUACUACUCUUUUUCUUUUGUAACCUUCUGGUAGACUUGUACUUGAUUUUUUAUUUUUUUGGUAAGACUUACUGUUAUUUCAGGAAAAGAAAGCUGAUCUUUCACUUCAUUCAGCUGGUAAUCAGAAGAAAGAAAUAACAUGAAAAUGGUACUUUCAUUUUGCAAAAGGGAAGAAAGACAAAGAUACGUUGUAUAGUUAUAGAUACAAACAUAUCAGCAGAAGUAGUAGUAAACAAAAUGAACAGCCCUUAUCACCUGGAUAAUAGGAAGCCAGGGAGUUGGCUCUAUGUAGAGUGAGGCAUUUUCUGUGGAAACUGAAAUGACUGACACCAAACUCUCUUAUGCCAUUAGUGAUUAAGUCUUUAUAUAGAUAAAGGUGUUUCAAAACAUACAGAAUGGUACCUAAAAAUUAUUCAUGCAUGUAUCUGAACAAAAAUAAUCCAGAUUUUUGCUUAGUUUAACUAAUUUGCUUUUUUAACUAAUUCUCCUCACCCCGGACCAGUAUUUUGAAAGAACUGAAUAUCUCCUCAUUACUCAUCAGUCACAAUGUUAGAACCAACACCCUGUACCUCAGCUAAGUUUGUUUAUUACCUUAAGCAAUGUAUUUUGACAUAGGAUGGUUCACUGAGCACUUCUGUGCCAGUGGCGUUUUUCCAUCUUUUCAUUCAAAGCAGCACUUUUAGCACCAGAUGCAAUAUUACCCCACUAUUCAAUACUACCUCUGAUUUUUACAAAUAACUCAACAGACUGAUAAAUACAUGCUGCUAUACACAUUCAAUGCAGGAAAUUUUUAUUGGGUAGAUAAUAAUGAGUAUCUGCAUUCUCCCCUUCUUUCUAUUUCAACAUUAUUUGCAGUUAAGGAAGCAAUGUCUUUUUUUGUGUUUCAGCAUGACUAUGUGUUUUUCUUUCGCUUGAUUUGUUUGGGUUUUUUCUCUUUGUGUGGGUUUUGGGGUUUUUUGGGUUUUUUUGUUUUGUUUUAUGUACUUUUCCUAUUCUCUGCUAGACUUCUGUGUAAUGUACUGUUAACUUGAAUAUAUUUUUGUACUGAAUUGCUUAUAGGUUUGGGGAAUAAUUUUCUUCAGUGACACUACAUGACAUAGAAAAAAAUUUAGCUGUAAUGUUUAAAUAUUACUGUCCAAGUUUGUACCUCAAAUUUAUUGUUUAAAGGAAUGGACUAAUUGAUUGACAAAGACCUACCUCCAGACUUUAAAUGGAAUGAACUUGUUACUUUCAGCAUUAGUUUUGAGAUGUUUGAAACAGUUAGGACUGCAACUAAUCCCUAAUUCAAAACUAUUUUUGUAAAAUAACUUGUGGAAAAUGAACACAUUUUAAAUUACUUUCAUAUUAAAAAAAAAAAAACUAACAAAAAAAACCUUCAAAGAAACUUGAAGCUUUGUAGGUGGAAAGCAGCAAGCUCAGCUUUUGCAUAAUGCAAUCACAAAUAUGUGUUUAAAAAAAAAUUAGUAGAUUGUAAGAAAAUACUUGACAAGUAUUUUCAUGUAUUUUAGACACAUGUGAUUUUGUAAUGUUUCAGCCAGAUUUAUUUUAAAUGCUUCUUAUGUAGAGGUUUUUUAUUCUUCCCUCUCUGACUUUUGUUGUUCUUUCUCUCUCUCUCUCCCCUCCAAUUUCAUUUUCUCUAUUUCUGUUUUGUUUCCCUUCUUCCUCUCUUUCCUAGUCAGUACUUUGUACCAUUGUAUUAAUAACUGGGCCGGGGGUAGUUUCUCAGGAAGGCAUCCUUUGGUAUGGCUUUAGUACUGAGCCAAAUGCAGUUAAAGAUAACUACUUACUGGCUUCUUCCAAGAGGCAGUGUCAAGAAAUACGGACCUCCUCGAAAGACUGAGAGGGUUCAGUAGUGGAAAUUGCUGAGAAGGAGCUGAUCACAGUAUCACAACUAGGCAUGUUAAUAUUAAGUGAAAGAGAAAUCCUAGCUAUACAGUAGCUCUAACAGGCCAAUUCCAGUGUCACUUGAAGGCAGUAAAAGGAAUUCUGCUGGCAUCAAAGGGCAUUGAAUCAAGCCUUAGCAAGUCCCUUUUACGAUUUAAGGGUUUUUUUGCAUUUUCUAAAACCACAGUAUUCAGUAGAUGACACAGAAAUAAUUGCUGGGUGUAUGUCACUCUUCAAGCUCCGAGAGACUUACCACUCUGAUGAACUGAAUCUUACAUUUUCUAUAUAUUGUAGUACAAUCAAAACACAUUACUACCUCUUAGGGCCUACUAUACCUCAUUUUUUCAGACUGAAAAAUUGCAUGUGACCAUUGACUCAGUGAGGACAUCAUAAAAUUUUUUUAUAUGUAUAGUUUAUUUUUGUGGGAGAUAAAUUUUAUACGACUGUUCUUUGCUGUUAUUGGUCACUGCUUACUAUGACUGGACAUGUAACUCUUCUACCAUUUCUGCAAGAAAAGGUGUGUUUGCAGGAAAAAAAAUCACUUCAAGAUGUUUAACUACAGUGUACUUUUCCUUUUGAGUGUCUUCUAACUUUUUGCUUUUUUCUUCAUGUAGAGUUGGUGUCUAUGAUUGUACUUCAAAUCGCUUGCUUGUUGAAAAUGUUCCUUUAAUGGAUUAUCACAGUCUGUUCAGCACAAUAAACAUAAUAGCCUCUGUGAUCCCCA